CCGUCUCUGCCCGGCCGUGUCCCCUGCCUCGGUUCAGGCAGGCGCCAUGUUGGUUUGAGGCGAAGAUGACAGGGGGCGGCUGCGGGCGAGGAUCGCGCUGAGGGACCGAAACCUCCGGCUCGCAGCGGGGCGAGGCAGCGGGGGAAGCGCCCGGAGCCGCCGGAGGACGAGGCGGGGGGAGGGAGGGAGGGCUGAGGAGGAGGAGGAGGAGGCGGCGGCGGCGGCGAUGCGAGCGGAGACCUGAGGCUGCGGUAGGCGGCCGCCGUUGAACGCCCCCCCGGCCCCCGCCGAGUGCCGUCGCCGCCGGAGCGCCGCGGGGGAGGGCUUUCCCCUCCGGCCGCCCCUCAGGCAGCCCUCCCCGGCCCCUCUCCCCGCCAGACCCUGUUGAAUGUCGCACACCGCUUAGGGGGGGGGGCUGAAGCCCGGCGUCCUCCCCAGCGGCCCCGGGCCCACCCCGGCCCUCCCGCCUCCCUGCCCCGCCGCCGCGGGCAGGAGCUGCCUGCCUGCCUGCGCGCCCGGGUCGCCUGCGCUGACUUGAGGAGGUGACUUGGACGCACCAUUAUCCCGUGAAUCAUCCCGUCGUCACUUGUCAAGGCUGGGAGAGAAGGAAGAGGGAGAGAGGGGGGGAAAAAAGCCCGCCCGCAGCUCAUGUGGCGGUGUAGUCCUGCCUGGUCUACCUGGCACCGCUGGUGCUGCUGCCGCUGACAGGGAUCUGCUGCCAUCUCUGGUCUCCCGCUGGCUCCUCCGGUACAGCCCCGGCACCGCUUGCCCCUGGAUAUUUCUCCUCAGCCGGCCGCCUUCCCGCUGCACAUCGGGCACCUUUUUUUCGUAGGGGACGUGGAAGUUGCCGCCUCCGACGUUGACAACAGUUUUGCUUCUUGAAGAUCUCCGGCGGGCUGCUUUUGGUGCUUUUUUUUUUUUUUUUUAAUUAUUAUUAUUAUUUUUUUUAAGUUGAUUUUAAGCCAUUUAGGGUAACAUCAAGAUGUCUAGCAGCGUUCCAGCUGAUAUGAUAAAUUUGCGCCUCAUCUUGGUAAGUGGGAAAACGAAAGAGUUCUUAUUUUCACCAAAUGAUUCUGCUGCAGAUAUUGCAAAACAUGUGUAUGACAACUGGCCGAUGGAUUGGGAAGAAGAACAAGUCAGCAGUCCAAAUAUCUUGCGGCUUAUUUAUCAAGGGAGGUUUCUUCAUGGCAAUGUGACACUAGGAGCAUUAAAACUUCCUUUUGGUAAAACAACAGUGAUGCAUUUGGUGGCUAGAGAGACAUUGCCAGAGCCAAACUCUCAAGGUCAAAGAAACCGUGAAAAAACUGGAGAAAGCAAUUGCUGUGUAAUCCUGUAAACCCUGUUAGCUUUACCUGCUAAGUGUGAUGUAAUAUAGUCUUUGUCUUUCAUGCUGCUGGAAUAGAAGAGGCCCUACCUUGCUUCAGACACCUGUAGGAAGAGCCUGUCUGUAAAUCCAUGGAACUGAAAUAUUACAUGAACACUGUCUCAUAGUCUUUUUUUUUUUCCUUUGAAGAGAAAGAUCUAUGAACACUUUCAUUGUUUGGUUCUUUUGUUUGGUUGUUGUUUUUUUUUUUUUUAAUUCCUGCUUUUUGUUUGUUGAAUAAUCUUAUAGUACAUCAGUUCUUGAAAGAAUUCAAUCUCCAGAAAAGUUAACGUAUUCUUUUCCAUAGCAGGAAUCAUUUUGCUACCACAAAAAUCUCCAUUAACAGAAUCUAACCAGUCAAGCUUUCUAGAUGCAAUUUGCACUAAAUAUGGUUGACAGUAUAUUUCUCAUCAACAAUCUUAACAAUAUUUGAGACACUUAGUAAUAAACUACAAUGCAUAAUGCAACACUGGAAAAUAGUAUAUCUAUAAUUAAAUCUCACUUAUGGCCAAAUCAAAGGAAAAACUGUUAAGUCAAUUCUACCUAAGUCAACCUUGGUGGCCGAACUGGCACAGAAUACUAACUAGACCAAGUCUAACUAUAUAUAUUUUCACUGCAACAAACAAACAAAAAAAAAACUAUGUGCCUGUAAUUUAAAAGCACUCUGUAGAGGGCUGAUGAAACUGAUUUUUCUCGUUACUGCGUGCACUCUGAUCUCGUACGUUAGUUGAGUGUUUAUUCAGACAGCACAAACAAGUGCAGAGAGUGCAUUUCCUAGCCUUAAUAUGGGAGGGGUAAUUUCCUGUAGUUCAUAGGCUUUUAUUAUUGUGCAUAAAUGUUAGAAAACAUCAUUUACUAGUCAAUUUUAUGUAUUUUAAUAUUGGCAAUUGGUGUUUUUCAGUCAUUUUCUCAUCUGUACCUUAGUGUCCAGUGUCAUGCUUACUCAUUAGAGACUUCAAAAGAAUUAUUAAAGUUUAAAAAGCAAAAAGAAGAACCUCUGCCAUAGUACUAGUUUUGUUUCUUUACAUAAUCUGCAUUUGGUAUUAGUGCUUGCAAUUGUAUUAAAAUCAGAAGCUGAUUUUUGAGGGCAUACAUAAUUAAAAAGGAUGCCUUUCUUUUAUUUCAUAUCAAUAAUUUAAAUGUUGAUAUGCUAAAGAAAUUUGCACAGCACUAAAGCAUGAGCUAGUUUCAUCUAAAUCUGUAAAAAAUAAAAAUAAAUAAAAAUUAAAAAAAAUAUAAAAGAUUUUAUAUUUUUUCACUGGGGAGGAAUUCUUCCUGGCUGAAAUUACAAAUAUGUGUAGAAUAUAUUUAAUAAAAAUCUUAUAAAAUACAUAACUAUAGAAGUUAAAUAUAGAUUGGCGUGUAGUAUAAUAGAACAAUAUUCCAUAUAAAUAGCUUUAGCCUUUAAAAAAAUGAGUCACAGGUUGACAUUGUGUUCUGUACUUAAGUGUCCACAACUCUUACAGAUGUUCUGUGUAAUCGUUUUUUCGAAUGAUUGGCAUCAUUCAAAUGUAAUCAGGUUAUUUUAUUCAUUGUUACUGCUUUGAUGAAAUGCUUUAUAUGCAGUAGAUUUACAAAAAUAUUGUUCAUACUGAUCAGAAUUAAAUUUGUAUAGAGCAGAGUUUUAAAACAAAUUGUAAAUAGCACUAAACAUUUUCUUUCUGCAACCUGUACUGAUAGACUCUUCUGUAAACUAAAUAAAAGAAUAUUGUAGUGCA